CAGAUAUUUGUUUAUACGAAUGGCGGGCAGUCGUUUUUUGCCGAUUGGCAUCGGAUAUAUAAUCAAAGGUGUUUUAUUAGGCUUCGCGAGUGACAAUUUCCUCAAUAAACUGAAGUUUCCGUCGCCGGUGUGAAUGAAAUAUCUAUUUUAAGACGAUUUCGAUAUCGCAAUACGAUUUCCAGUGAUCGAUAUUGUUUCCUAUUGUUGAGUGGCUAGAAAACUACGUAUGUAUAGAACAUUGUCUGGUCAGUGUUAUUGUUUCGGCCAUUUCUGAAGUACACGAGAGGAUAUUUAUUUGGAGAUAAUAAAUAGAAAUAUGGUGCACUGAAGAUGUCAGGCGGCAACUCGUCAAAGCACAAACGCGCGCUCCGGCAAGAGGGGUGGGAGGAAGCGGGUGGGGAGUUCUACCAGGAGCUGUACCCCGGCGCGGAGCAAGAUCUGUUCGAGAACCUUCAGCGCGCCGACGCUGCCAAGCUGGCGACGCUGUUGCCGUCCAAACAGGCCAGGAACACGACAACGGUAAAGCGUGUCCGGUCACAAAAUGAGAGGCGACAGUCUACCUACGCGCGGACCACGCAAAGCCGGGAUAUACACCUUUCCAUGCUGCCCGAUCUCUCUGAGAACCUGUCGAACGAGGAACGAACCUGGGACGAGAUAAUGCAGAUCAAAGCCAUGCCUGUGCCUAUGGGUCAGAAGAGGGAGUUGAAAGCGAGGUUACAGAACGCAACAAAACUCCGCCUUCAAGGUUUCGAACAAAUCCACUGGCGCCAAAGGAAAUUCUGGCAUCGAUUCCGGACUCGAUUCGGCGAAAUAAUCGGAAAACUCGAACUAUGGCAAUCGCCGAUGCGAGAGAUCGAAGGAAACUUCGGUACUGGAGUGGUAUCAUAUUUCCUAUUUCUAAGGUGGCUGCUAUUUCUAAACAUCACAAUAUCGAUACUGGUAACACUGUUCCUAAUACUGCCCAAAGUGUUGCUAGUCGAAAACUACCACGACUGCGACGAAUUUCUACCAAAUUCUACCAUUUGCUGUUCGCAAGCGUAUCUAGAGCGGAACAUGACAGAUAAUAAUUUUGUUUUAGACGUUAUUCAAGGCACUGGACGGAUGGAAAAAACUAUAUUAUUCUACGGUGUUUAUACAGACCAAAUAUACACGUAUUCUUUAAGUAACGUAAUCGAUGCUGAAAUGUUUUAUAACAUGCCUUUAGCCUACGUAUUAGUGCCUAUUUCUUGGGCUUUGUUAUCAUUAGUGGCCAUUGUAAGGACAGGGGCGAAGGGUUUCAAAGAAAAAUUGGUAGAAAACGAAGGACAGUUCUAUGUAUAUUGCAAUUUGGUUUUUGGCGGUUGGGAUUUUUGUAUACACAACGAAAAAUCAGCUAGGAUCAAACACAGGGCGCUGUUCAACGAAGUCAAGGGUUUAUUAGAGGAGGACAGGUUUAAAGAGGAAAAACAGAUGCGAAGCAGAGAAAGUCAAAUUCUACUACACCUGAAACGGAUUUUCAUCAAUUUGGUAGUUUUGGUGAUUCUGCUGCUGGCAGGCGCGUUGAUUUUCAUCACAUUCAAUUAUUCCAUGCAUAAAUUGAAUCCGAACGCGACAGUUUCAUUCUCGGAUAAACAAUCGAAUUACACAGCGUCCAGACUAACGUUUAGCCGAUUGAAAAUCGAUAACAACGUAGACUCGAAUCACGAAUCUUUCAUUGAACAAUUGGAGAAUACUCUUUUGGAAUUUCUACCAUUUCUAUGCAUAGUAGUUUUGAACGUGAUUGUUCCGGAGAUAUUCGGCUAUAUGGUACAAUUUGAAAGUUACAACCCUGCGCACGUGUUGCUUAUAACAUUGUUACGAACUGUACUUUUGAGGUUAUCGUCUUUGGCGGUAUUAUUGAGUCAAAUGUAUUUGUAUGUGACGAUAAACGGCGUAAAAUGCACACUGGCUAAUGACGAUCCAAGCACGCCAGACUGUUGGGAAACAUAUGUGGGUCAGCAAUUUUAUAAAUUGAUCCUAACAGAUUUCGCGGUUCAGUCAAUUUUUACGUUCGUCAUAAAUUUGCCAAGAGCAUUGAUCGCGAGACAUACGCACAGUAAAUGUUUGAAAAUAAUAUGCGAACAGGAUUUCUAUUUGCCCAAACAUGUUUUAGAUAUAGUAUACAUACAGACUUUGAUAUGGAUGGGAUCGUUUUUCUGUCCGCUCUUGCCGAUAAUAGGCGCGAUGUUUUACUUUUUGAUUUUUUACAUUAAAAAAUUCACGUGUCUAGUCAAUUGCACGCCGUCACCCGUAGUUGUGUAUAAGGCGUCAAAAUCGAAGUCUCUGUUCAUGUCAGUUUUAUUACUAGGCUUCGUCAUAUCUAUAGCCCCUGUAGCAUAUUCUGUAGCAGAGAUAUUGCCUUCAGUGAAUUGCGGUCCGUAUAGAGGUUAUAUGUCUGUUUGGUCGUACGUUGUACAAACAUUUGAUGGAUUCCCGUACGUUAUUAGAGAAAUAUCGUUUCAGUUGGGCACUUCAACGUUCGCUAUACCAGCUUUCGCUGUACUGUUGUUCCUUUUAUAUUAUUAUUGGGCCGUAGCGACGGCAAACAGACAUAUGGUGGGCGUGUUGAAAAACCAGUUGGUUCUAGAGGGUCACGAUAAGCAGUUUUUGUUGAAUAGACUCAGCGCAUUUAUAAGGCAACAUCAGAAAAGGUGUGAUAGGAGAAACAGAGCUAGUUUCGCCGAUGACGAUUCUUCUAUUAGACAGAGUUCGAGAUAAUCGAUUUGAAAAAAAAAAAUAAGAAAAAUAAUCUAUGGUUUUACGAUGACAUAUGGUUUGACAACCUCGGUGGCGCAGUGGUGAAGUACUCUCCUCUGAACCGAGAGGUCCCGGGUUCUAUCCCCGGUCGGUACAUGAUGGAAAAUGAUCUUUUUCUGAUUGGCCCGGGUCUUGGAUGUUUAUCUAUAUAUGUAUUUGUUAUAAAAUAUAGUAUCGUUGAGUUAGUAUCCCAUAACACAAGUCUCGAACUUACUUUGGGGCUAGCUCAAUCUGUGUGAUUUGUCCUAAUAUAUUUAUUUACUUAUUAAUUUUUGAGGUUAGAAAAUUAUUUGAGUACUAUAGACUGUUUCGCCACGUUGCUGAAUAGAAUAUCGUAAUGUAAUCUGUCAGAUAAACUAACUUCUAGAUAAAUCUUCCUGAUGUGAUUGACCAGUUAGUCCUAUCUAACACUUGUGAAAUAAUGUUUAGUUCUAUCUGUAUGAUAUGUUACAUUUAGGCUAUCUGAUACUUUAUCGGCAAGCGGUGAAACAGAAUGUAAGCCAAUACACGUAAAAUAUAAAACAUAGUAUCGUUUUAUACUUAAGUAAUAUAAAGUUGUUAAUUUGAGUCAUUUUCGUAAAUAUUUUUUUUAAACACGUUUCUGUGUAAUCCUAAAGUUGCCAUUGUGUAAAAGCGAGAUAGCAAUAUGUUUUUGUUCAAACGACUCUUAAGAUUAAAAACAAAAAAAAAACUGUCUUUUGGAAAAUGUCUCGUGGAAAAUGUCACGAUUGCGUUGAAGCGAGAUAGCAAUUUAUUUGCAUAUGAAAGAAAAGGACAGAUUUCAUUUGAUCUUUCUGCGCGUUUGAGAAACUGACUAUAGUUAGGUUUUAAAUUUAGCAAAAUUAUUUAUUGUUUGUUAAUUUUUUUAUGUACACUGUGACAUUUUGUCACGUGUAAAUUUAUUCGUAACUAUAGCUAUUCUGUUACGUAUUAUUUUUAUAACUUAUUCUUGUCAAUAAAGAACGUAUCAACGUAACAGAUUUUAAGUUAGACCAUCCGCUAUAUAACUGUGAAAAUCGCAUCAAAUUUCACCCUAUAGUUGUUGCGUGAUGCGCGAACAAAGACAGA